AUGGAAGUCGGCUACAUCCAUGCUGCCACGUUUCUUGCCGUAUCAACAGUUUGUGCCAGCUUCUUCAAAUGCACCGUUGGGAAUCGUGAUAGCGACCAUGUAGCCGGCCGCCGAACGCUCACGAGCUCUGCUCAUCCUCGUGCUCUGGGUCCGCCUGAAGGAAAUGGGGACGAAGCUGUGAAAGAAGAAAAUUCAGAGAAGAACGAAGAAAAGAAGUCAGAGAAGUCGACAACAUCUUCGAACUCGACGAUGAACAGCAAAGGAACGGUGGCUCGGGCGACGAAAAGCAAGACAGGUUACAAGAUCUUUUUUCCUUAUUUCAAAGAUCAACAGAAGACAAGCGAGAGAGGCAUGGAUGUUAGAGCAGAUUAA